AACACUCAGGGAGAGUCAGUGACCCAGCAGCCCCUGAACCAUGAGUGUCUCUGUACUGAGCCUCACCAGACCCCUGGACACUGUGUCUGGGCUCCUGCAGCUGGCCUCCCUGCUAGGCCUGGCUCUGCUGCUGCUCAAGGCAGCACAGCUCUACCAGCGCAGGCAGUGGCUGCUCAAAGCUGUCCAGCAGUUCCCGUCCCCUCCUUCCCACUGGCUCUUCGGGCACAAGCGGGAGUUGCAAAAAGGAGACGAGCUGCAGCUGCUACUGAAAUGGAUAGAGGACUUCCCAUGUGCAUUUUCUCGCUGGAUAUGGGGCACAGAGGCAGAGAUCAUGAUCUAUGACCCUGACUACAUGAAACUGAUCCUGGGGCGAUCUGACCCAAAACCAGAUGGCUCCUACAAACUCAUGGCUCCCUGGAUAGGGUAUGGUUUGCUCCUGCUGAAUGGAGAGACAUGGUCCCAGCACCGGCGGAUGCUGACCCCGGCCUUCCACUAUGACAUCCUGAAACCCUACGUGAGACUCAUGGCUGACUCUGUCCAAGUGAUGCUGGACAAGUGGGAGGAACUCCUCAGUCAGAACUCACAUCUGGAGAUCUUUGACCAUGUCUCCUUGAUGACCUUGGACACCAUUAUGAAGUGUGCCUUCAGCUACCAGGGCAACCACCAGGCAGACAGGAACUCCCAGGCCUACAUUCAGGCCAUUCGAGAUCUGAACAACCUGGUGUUUGCCCGGAUGAGGAACGUUUUCUACCAGAAAGACAUCUUCUACGGGCUGACCUCUGAAGGCCGCAGGAACCACAAGGCCUGCCAGCUUGCCCAUCAACACACAGACCGAGUGAUCAAGCUGAGGAAGGCUCAGCUACAGGACAAGGGAGAGCUGGAGAAGGUCAGGAACAAGAGGCACUUGGACUUCCUGGACAUCCUCCUCUUUGCCAAAGUGGAGAAUGGGAGGGGCUUGUCUGACAAGGACCUCCGUGCAGAAGUGGACACAUUCAUGUUUGAGGGGCAUGACACCACAGCGAGUGGCAUCUCCUGGAUCCUCUAUGCUCUGGCCACACAUCCCGAGCAUCAGCAGAGGUGCCGGGAGGAGAUCCAGAGCCUUCUGGGGGAUGGUGCCUCCAUCACCUGGGAGCACCUGGACCAGAUGCCCUACACCACCAUGUGCAUCAAGGAGGCAUUGCGACUCUAUCCACCAGUUCCAGGUGUUGGCAGAGAGCUCAGCAAGCCCAUCACCUUCCCUGAUGGACGCUCUUUGCCCAAAGGAUUCUUAGUCUUGCUCUCCUUUUAUGCCCUUCACCACAACCCAAAUGUGUGGCCAAACCCAGAGGUGUUUGACCCUUCCCGGUUUGCACCAGGUGUCUCUCGACACAGCCAUGCUUUCCUGCCCUUCUCAGGAGGAUCAAGGAACUGCAUCGGGCAGCACUUUGCCAUGAACGAGAUGAAGGUGGCGGUGGCCCUGACCCUGCUCCGCUUUGAGCUGGCACCAGAUCCCUUCAGGAUCCCUGUCCCCACUCCAAAAAUUGUGUUGAUGUCCAAGAAUGGGAUCCACCUGCAUCUCAGGAAGCUCCUCUAACCCUUGUGGGGACAAGGAUGAACCCCGAGGGCCUCCUGCCUGCCAUUCUGUCUUCCUGUCAGUCUCUCCUGUCUGCUGGUUUCUGCUCACUUCCUGCUUCCUGUCUGCCCACCUGCCAGCCUUCCUGCUCUCCUGCUCUCCUGCUCCUGCGCAUCAGACUGUCUGUGCUUCUGUCUCACCCUUUUCCAAGAUUCCUUCUUAUUUGCUUAUUACAAUCUCCCACCCAGCUGUCCCUCUGACUGCCCACUUGAUGCUGUCUGUUCCCCCAACCUGCCUGUCCUCUGCAUGUCUUUCCCCUUUUGCGCCUAUUUGGUUGUCCCUAUAUUAUUUUCCUCUGUCUGCUAUGCCAACUUACUCCAGUCUCAGUGACUUAGAACAACACAAACUUGUUCUCUUACAUUCUGGAGCUCAAAGUCUAAAAUGGAUUUUGUUGGACCACAGCCAAGAUAUUGGCCUGGUCCCACUAACUCUAGGCCCUAAGGGAGAAUCCCUCUCUGCCUUGUCCAGCAUCAAGCUGCAUUCUUUCCAAUCUUUAGCUCCUGGAGCCUCCUCUUUUCAAAUGCAAUAGCAUCUUUCAAUGUCUUUCUGCUUCUGUCUUCAGAUCCCCUUGUCUUCCAUAAGGAGUUUUGUGAUUAGACAGGUACGCUUAGAGAGAACAGACAUACUUCAGCUUCGAGACAUAUCCCUCCUGCUAUUCAUGUUUUCCCUAUUAGAAGCCCACAGACCUGGAAGGUUGGCUCCUUGGGGAGCCAAAAUUCAGCCUGCUUAGUCCUUUUGUGACUCCUAUUGGUCCUUGCUUCUAGCUUUCUCCUGUGUGUUACCUGUGUACCCAUUUGAUAUUCACAUACCCUCUUCUUUCCUCCUCCCACAAAUAAAGUUUUAAUG